ACUCACAGCGAUCCUCCUGCCUUAGCGCCCCGAGUUCUGCGAUGACAGGCGUGAGUCACCACGCCUGCCUUUUUUUAAUUGUUAUUUUUUGGUAGCGGGGAUCGAAUUCUGGACCUGGCGCUUUCAAGGAAGGCGGUGGAACCACUGAGCUAAAUCCCCGGCCCUGCUUUUUACUUUUUGAGACAAUCUCGCUGAACUGCCCAGGCACCACUUGAAUUUACGACCCUCCUGCUAGGAUUAAACAUGUACGCCACCAAGCCCAGUUCCUAAGUGACAGGCCUGAGUGAAAGACAGCAGCAAAAGAGGUUACCAUCCCAACGCGGUCAACGCAGGAGUUUCACUUCCGGGUUAGGGGGCGGUGCAGUCGCGGAAGGAGCCAACCCAGAGCCACUUCCGGGUAAGCUUUUCCCAGGGCUGGUGGCGGAAGGUGUUUGGGGUCGUAGGUCAGGGCCGGAGACCCAAAUCCUCGAGAGCGGCUUCCCUGCAUUGAGGGCGCAGAUACCGCAGCAGACGAAAAGAAUCAGGAUCGGAGUGGACCCAAGCCCCUGAGUAUUGUCAAUGGCGGCCCUGGGCCCUGGCAGCUCGAAUGUCACCGAGUACGUCGUUCGGGUUCCCAAGAACACAACCAAAAAAUAUAAUAUAAUGGCUUUCAAUGCAGCCGAUAAAGUGAACUUUACUACAUGGAAUCAGGCCCGGCUGGAGCGGGAUUUGAGCAAUAAGAAGAUUUACCAGGAGGAGGAGAUGCCUGAGUCGGGUGCAGGCAGCGAGUUCAACCGGAAGCUCCGGGAGGAGGCCCGCCGCAAGAAAUACGGCAUCAUCCUCAAGGAGUUCCGGCCCGAGGACCAGCCCUGGCUGCUCCGUGUUAACGGAAAAUCAGGCAGGAAGUUCAAGGGCAUCAAGAAGGGAGGCGUGACGGAGAACACAUCCUACUACAUCUUCACCCAGUGCCCCGACGGCGCCUUUGAGGCCUUCCCUGUGCACAACUGGUACAACUUCACCCCGCUGGCCCGGCACCGCACACUCACCGCUGAGGAGGCUGAGGAGGAGUGGGAGAGGAGGAACAAGGUCCUGAAUCACUUCAGCAUCAUGCAGCAGCGGCGGCUCAAGGACCAGGGCCAGGACGAGGAGGAGGAGGAAAAGGAGAAACGCAGCCGCGAGAAGGCCAGCGGGCUGCGCAUCCACGACCUGGAGGACGACCUGGAGAUGUCGUCGGAUGACAGCGAGGCCAGCGGCGAAGAGGGCAGCAGAGCCCCCAAGGCCAAGAAGAAGGCCCCGCUGACCAAGGCGGGCAGGAAGAAGAAGAAGAAGAAGAAGGGCUCAGAUAAUGAGGCCUUUGAGGACAGCGACGACGGGGACUUCGAGGGCCAGGAGGUCGACUACAUGUCUGACGGCUCCAGCAGCUCCCAGGACGAGCCCGAGAGCAGCAAGCCCAAAGUGCAGCAGCAGGAGGAGGGGCCCAAGGGUGUGGACGAGCAGAGCGAGAGCAGCGAGGACAGUGAGGAGGAGAAGCCGGCUGCCACCGAGGAGGACAAGGAGGAGGAGGAGGAGAAGAAGGCGGCCACCCCGCAGGAGAAGAAGCGCCGGAAAGACAGCAGCGAGGAGUCUGACAGCUCCGAGGAGAGCGACAUCGACAGCGAAGCCUCCUCGGCCCUCUUCAUGGCGAAGAAGAAGACGCCCCCCAAGCGGGAGCGGAAGCCUUCGGGAGGCAGCUCGAGGGGAAACAGCCGGCCCGGCUCCCCCAGCGCAGAGGGCGGCAGCACUUCUUCCACCCUGCGGGCUGCGGCCUCCAAACUGGAGCAAGGGAAGCGGACAAGCGAGACGCCCACCGCCAAGCGGUUGCGGCUGGACGCCGGCCCCCAGAGCCUGUCCGGGAAGUCCACCCCACAGCCGCCGUCCGGGAAGUGCACGCCCAGCAGCAGUGACGUGCAGGUGACCGAGGACGCUGUGCGGCGCUACCUGACGCGGAAGCCCAUGACCACCAAGGACCUGCUGAAAAAGUUCCAGACCAAGAAGACGGGGCUGAGCAGCGAGCAGACGGUGAACGUGCUGGCCCAGAUCCUGAAGCGCCUCAACCCCGAGCGCAAGAUGAUCAACGACAAGAUGCACUUCUCCCUCAAGGAGUGAGGCCCCGCCCCCAGUAAACAGUUGUGUGCCCCGCACCGCCGGGCUCCAUGUGCCUGCUCGCCUCACCCCCAGUCCCGGGCCCGAGACAGUGAUUCUGAGCAGCCCCUCUGCCCUUGGGAGGCCCCGCCUGCUGUAACUAAUACAGCCCAGAGGUUCUCCGCCAAAAGCCCAGGAUUAUCUACUGCGCAACCUGUUAUAAACUUAGUUUCAAUGACUCCGUUCUUGUUUGCCCAAA